GGAAGUGUGAAGACCCCGCCCGCUGAGAGAACAUUCCCAUGACGUCAUUAAAGAUCAUCACGGAAGUGAACGAGGCGACGAAACACGGACAGAAACCCAAAUAAGUUGGUGUGUACGCUUCGCCGAUUUUAUACCGAUAGUCCAUCACCAUCAUCAUCAUCAUCAUGCUGGGAGGAGGAUUCAAAGCAGAGAGGCUAAGAGUGAACCUCCGGCUGGUCAUCAACCGACUCAAACUCCUUGAGAAAAAGAAAACCGAGCUCGCUCAAAAGGCAAGGAAGGAGAUCGCCGAUUACCUGUCAUCAGGAAAGGAUGAGCGGGCACGGAUCCGGGUGGAGCACAUUAUCAGAGAGGACUAUCUGGUGGAGGCCAUGGAGAUCUUGGAGCUUUACUGCGACCUGCUGCUGACCCGCUUUGGCCUCAUUCAGUCUAUGAAGGAACUGGAUCCAGGCUUACAGGAGGCAGUGUCCACCCUCAUCUGGGCAGCGCCUCGUCUUCAGUCAGAGGUGUCUGAACUAAAAAUUGUAUCUGAACAGCUAUGUGCAAAAUAUAGCAAGGAGUAUGGCAAGCUGUGCAGGACAAACCAGAUUGGCACAGUCAAUGAUAGGCUGAUGCAUAAACUGAGUGUGGAGGCGCCUCCCAAGAUCUUGGUGGAACGCUACCUGAUAGAGAUCGCUAAGAACUAUAAUGUGCCGUAUGAACCUGACGCCAUGGUCCGGCCCGAGGUGUGUCCUGGAGAAGAGGCUGACCUGAUCGAUGUGGACAUUGACAAGAAGUCUGGAGGAGGAGGAAGAGGUGGUGGAGGUUUCACUGCGCCUCCUGCUGCUGCUAUGCCCAUGCCCAUGCCCAUGCCCAUGCCUAUGCCCAUGCCUAUGCCAACCGCUUUCAACUAUCCACCUCCGAAAGGAGCGGAACCAUUUCAUGCUCCCGUUGGAACCUACAACAACUUCCAGCACCCCAUGGGAGGAGGGCAGCCCCCUCAGCUGCCCACUUCUCCCCCCACAUACGAGUCCAUUGAUGACCUAACUGACAAACCUUCUGUUCCUUCCCAGGCUGUAGGUCCUGGGCCUUCAUCUCAGCUAUAUGACAACAACGCUCUCCCAGAACUCCCCUCUGUCCCCGACACACUCCCCACAUCCUCCUUCUGCGGAAACACCACCACCUCGGACGACAUCGACUUUGACGAUUUAACACGGCGGUUUGAGGAGCUGAAGAAGAAGACUUAAUUGCUAUAUGCCCGGUCUAUACACACAUACAUACACACACACACAGGUCUGUGUCGUUACCUACACAGCUCAGAAUAGGAAAUGGAAAAUGUUCAAGGCUCUGUAUCAGAUUUGGAUAGUUCUCCUCCCCCUUCCAUGGUGAAGUAAUCUUACACAGAUAUUAAACAUACAUGUACUCUUACCUCAUUUAUAUAAGUGACCAGCUUACUGAGGGUGUGGUUGCUCACUCGACCUUGUCAGUUAUCAGAAAUCUCAUUUCUGUUGGCAGUGCCAGAGAGUACCAUAUGUUUUAAUUUCCUUCUAUAUUACACAAAAUAUAAAUUCUUACAUACAAUCAUGUUGUUGUGAACCCCCGUUCACUCCUCAGUUAACAUCACAAAGACUUUAAAUUUUUCCCAUUUGUCUGUUUGAUAUACUGCAGAAUCAACCCUAGAUUUUAAUCGUUGCUUUUCGCAGGGUUUUGGGUCUGACUAAUUUUUACAACACAUGCCUUGAUUCUACUUUGCACAUGCUGCGUCGCUGUGAUCUUUGCCACUGUGUCACUCAGUCCUGUGUCAGACUAGUCAAACAAGCCUGACUGGCUGCCCCAGUUUGUCAGGGGGCUGGCAUUCACACUAAGAAAGCCGAUAGGUUGUUUCCAAGGCAAGGCUACAAUCCCCAACAAUUUUUUUUUUUUUUUUUCAUAAUGGUAUCGGGAUAGAUAGAAGCCAUAUUUUCAGUGUCUUGCGCAGUCAUGCAGUUUUGUCACAGUGGAAAAGAUGUUUUUCAAACACUCCUCGUCACCAAGCUUCUCAUCCUCAAUACCAGAAAAAGUGGUCUAUGAGCCCUCCGGGAAAAGCUACUGGUGACAAAUGUCAAACCUGUUCUGUCCCUCCGUUACAGGGGUGAUUGGGCACGGAUGUAAAGUGAUAAAACAGUGUAUGGAAAUCUGUAAUAUAAUGCAUUUACAAUGAUAUAGAUAGACCUAUUAACACAAAUGAUUUAACUGUACAGCAAAAACAGUUUGGUAGUAGGGAGUUGUUCAAUAUUUGACAAAUCUGUUUUACAUAGAGUAUCUCCAAAUUAAGUUGUUUUGAUUUUGUUUUUGUUUUUUUGUUUUUUUUUCCUUUUGAAUGUCAGUUUUACCAAAUACCUGCACUUUCUUAUCUAAAGCAAAAUGUGUGCAGACAAAAGCAGUCACACAACAAACUAAUUUGAUUGAUAAGAUGCAAAUAUUGACCCCAGAGUAAUAGGUUUGUGUUGACCUCUGUGAUCGUGUGUGCAUGUGUCUUAUACUGUGUGUGCACCACUGCAUUUGCCUUAGUUACCAUCUCUCAUCAGAGGCCUUUCCAGUCUGUACUAGUAUUAUGCUUUUUUUUUUUUUUUAAUCUAUCAAGACUGGACACGUUACCUGCAUUGAGUCUCAGUUGCUAAGACUAUAUUUUGCUUCAUUUGCUUUACCCUAAACAAUUGUCCAAAACUUGAGUUGAAUUUUGUUUAGUGGAUGAAAAAAAAGAAGAAAAAAAAAAAAAGAAAAACCUUUGUACUGGCUUUAGAGGUUUCUAUUUCCUGUGGAGAAAUGGGAGGGAGAAGUGUUGAAUAAAGUGAUUUAGGAAUCUCUGGAAAGCACACUGAAAAGCUGUCCAGCCGGGUGAUAAACAAAAGUUUAUUUAUAGGUUUUAAAUGUGUUGCAGAAAGUAGAGAGAGAUUAACACUACAGAACUGUGAUCUACUCACUGUCUUUUCUAUGUUGGACUGUUCUUUCAUGCUAAACCUUGAGACACAAAAUGGUGUCUUGUUGCAGAAAAAUAAACAGGAUUUUUUUUCCACUAUAUACUAAAAUACCAAUUUAAUAAAAGAUUAUUUGGA